AUGGCUACCAACGGCGACUUGCCCUCCGACGACGAGUUUUCCCAGCCUGGCACACCUCCUGGUGAUGAGAACGAUGUCGACGACAUUGAGGAGACCAACCAGCCACCCAAAUCUGCCCUGAAAAAGAGCACCACUGCAGCGAUCCCCGAACCACAAGUUCCUCGCCCCGUCCUGCCUGAACAACCCGAUCCGAAAGACCUCGAUGUCUCGACACUUACUCCUCUAUCGCCCGAAAUCAUUUGCCGGCAAGCCACCAUCAAUAUUGGCACGAUAGGCCAUGUGGCUCACGGCAAGUCGACCGUCGUCAAAGCCAUCUCGGGCGUCCAGACUGUCCGAUUUAAAAAUGAAUUAGAACGAAACAUCACCAUCAAGUUGGGUUAUGCCAACGCCAAGAUCUACAAGUGCGACAAUCCCGAGUGUCCCAGACCGACAUGCUACAAAUCCUACAAGUCCGAAAAGGAGAUCGACCCUCCGUGUGAAAGAGAAGGCUGCGGUGGCACAUACCGACUUCUCCGGCACGUUUCGUUUGUCGAUUGCCCCGGGCACGAUAUUCUCAUGAGCACCAUGUUAUCAGGCGCCGCCGUCAUGGACGCUGCAUUGCUUCUGAUAGCAGGAAACGAAAGCUGUCCCCAGCCACAGACCUCGGAACAUCUUGCCGCCAUCGAGAUCAUGAAACUCAACCACAUCAUCAUUCUCCAGAACAAGGUCGACCUGAUGCGAGAAGAGGGCGCACAAGCACAUUACGAGUCGAUUCUGAAAUUCAUCAAAGGUACUGUUGCGGACGGGUCCCCGAUCAUCCCGAUCUCGGCACAGUUGAAAUACAACAUCGACGCCAUCAAUGAGUAUCUUGUCACCAAAAUCCCGGUCCCUGUGCGAAACUUCAGCGCGGCGCCACACAUGAUUGUCAUUCGAUCAUUCGAUGUGAACAAGCCCGGUGCUGAGAUUGAGGAUCUCAAGGGUGGUGUUGCGGGUGGUUCCAUUCUCACUGGCGUCCUCAAACUCGGCGACGAAAUUGAGAUCCGUCCAGGCAUUAUCACGAAGGAUGCGACGGGCCAAACUGUCUGCCGCCCUAUCAUGUCCCGCGUGGUGAGCUUGUUCGCCGAACACAAUGAUCUCAAAUUCGCCGUGCCUGGAGGCCUCAUCGGUGUGGGCACACGGGUUGACCCGACACUGUGCAGAGCAGACCGUCUUGUCGGCCACGUGCUGGGUUUGAAGGGUCAGCUUCCAGAAAUCUACAUGGAACUGGAGGUUAACUACUUCUUGCUCCGGCGUCUGUUGGGUGUCAAGACUGCGGACGGCAAGCAAGCUAAGGUGGCCAAGCUGGCAAAGAACGAAGUACUGAUGGUGAACAUCGGGUCGACGGCGACGGGUGCCAAGGUCAUGGGCGUGAAGGCUGAUGCGGCCAAGCUGACUUUGACUAAUCCAGCCUGUACGGCCAUCGGGGAAAAGAUUGCGCUGAGUCGGAGAAUCGAGAAGCACUGGCGAUUGAUUGGAUGGGCAAAUAUCGUGGCAGGGAAUACCAUCGAACCGGAGUCCUCUUAG